UUUGUGCUUCUUCAUCUUUGCGUUUUUUUUUUAUUGUGACACUGCAAGCGACAUUUAUUGUGUGUUAAUUUUAGUUAAAUUCGUUUUUAGCAUAUAAUUUAGUUAUUUAAUUUAUUACAAUGGCUGAAUUUCUGGACUCUGAAGCCGCUGAAUCGGAGGAUGAGGAAGAAUUGGAUGUGCAUGAACGGAAAAAACUAAAAAAGCUAAAAGCUGCUGUGUCCGACAGCAGCGAGGAAGAGGAAGAUGAUGAGGAGCGUUUGCGUGAGGAGCUUAAGGAUCUAAUUGACGACAAUCCCAUUGAGGAGGAUGAUGCCAGCGAAAAUGAUUCGGACACUGGCAGCGGAGGUGACGAGGAUGGCGGCAGUGGCAAAAAGCGUAAAAAGCAUGAGGACGAUGAUCUGGACGAUCGUUUGGAGGACGACGAUUACGAUCUGAUCGAGGAGAAUCUGGGCGUUAAAGUUGAACGACGCAAACGUUUCAAACGCCUGCGACGCAUUCACGACAACGAAAGCGACGGCGAGGAGCAGCACGUGGACGAGGGACUCGCGCGCGAACAAAUCGCUGAGCAGCUAUUUGAUGAGAACGAUGACCAAAGCAUCGAAAGACGCAGCGAGCGCAGCAUUCGGGAGGCAGAUACCUUCGAUGACGAGGACAGCGAAUCGGAUGCCGAUGAUUUUAUUGUGGAUGACAACGGUCGUCCCAUUGCCGAGAAGAAAAAGAAACGUCGACCCAUCUUCACAGAUGCCUCACUGCAGGAGGGUCAGGAUAUAUUCGGCGUUGACUUUGACUAUGACGAUUUCUACAAGCCCGAGGAGGAUGAGUACGAGGAGGAUUCGGAGGGCGAUGAAUACGAUGAGGAUCUGCUGGGCGGCGAUGAUUUUCGUGCGGCUAAAAAGAAGAAGUCACCGAAAAAGAAGGCCAUCAAAAAGACAAUCUUCGAUAUAUACGAGCCGAGCGAACUGAAGCGCGGCCAUUUCACAGACUUGGACAAUGAGAUACGCAAAACGGAUAUACCGGAGCGCAUGCAGCUGCGCCAGGUGCCGGUGACAGCGGUGCCAGAGGGCUCCCAUGAGCUGGACGACGAGGCCAAUUGGAUAUAUCGCUUCGCCUUCUGCAAACAGACCGUAUCCGAGCAGGAGAAGGCCGAUAAUCGCGAGAAGAUGCGCAAACCGCCGACGGCUGUGAAUAAAAUAAAACAGACGCUGGAGUUCAUACGCAACCAGCAGCUGGAGGUGCCGUUCAUAGCGUUCUAUCGCAAGGAGUAUGUGAAGCCCGAGCUGAAUAUCGAUGAUCUGUGGAAGGUCUACUACUACGAUGAGCGCUGGUGCCAGCUCAACGAGCGCAAGAAGAAGCUGAAGCAGCUGUUCGAGAAGAUGCGACAAUUCCAGCUGGAAACCCUCUGCGCCGAUCCCGACAAACCGCUGCCCGACGAUGUGCGUCUAAUGCUGGACAGCGACUUCGAGCGCCUCAACGACGUCCAGUCCAUGGAGGAGCUCAAGGAUGUGCACAUGUACUUUCUGCUCAACUACUCCCACGAGCUGCCCAAAAUGCAGGCCGAGCAGCGACGCAAACAGCUGCUGGAGAAACGCGAGCAACGCGCACGCCGUCAGGCAGCUGCCAAUGCGGGCAGCGAUGGGGAGACAACCGGUCCGGAUGCCGUUGUCCCAGAGAGGCCGGACAAUAUUGUCGAGCUGGACGAGGCCGAGGAGCUGGAACUGGCCGCCGACGAGCAGCUAAAACAGGCGCCCAACAGCAGUCCCUAUGCGGUGUUCCGCAAGGCGGGCAUCUGCGGCUUUGCCAAGCAUUUCGGUCUAACGCCCGAACAGUUUGCCGAAAAUCUGCGCGACAAUUAUCAGCGCAACGAGGUCAACCAGGAGAGCCUCAGUCCCACAGAGAUGGCCAAGCAGUAUCUGUCGCCGCGCUUCAUGACCGUCGACGAGGUGCUGCAUGCCGCCAAAUAUGUGGUCGCACGCCAAUUGGCGCAGGAGCCGCUGCUCCGCAAGACCAUGCGCGAGGUGUACUUCGAUAGGGCGCGCCUCAAUAUACGUCCCACCAAGAAUGGCAUGGUGCUGAUCGAUGAGAAUUCGCCAGUGUAUUCGAUGAAAUAUGUGGCCAAGAAACCGGUCGGUGAUCUCUUUGGCGAUCAAUUCAUUAAGCUGCUCAUGGCCGAGGAGGAGAAGCUGCUGGAGAUUAAGUUCCUGGACGAAUUCGAGGGCAAUGCGAAUGCCAAUGGGCCGCCCGGCGAUUAUGUGACCGAGGCGACGCAGCUCUAUCAUCUGGAUCAGUUUGCGAAGAACGUGCUCGAGUGGAAUGCGCUGCGUGCCGAGUGCGUUCAGCUGGCAUUGAAGAAGUGGGUCAUACCCGAUCUGGUCAAGGAGCUGCGCGCCACACUGCACGAGGAGGCGCAACAGUUUGUGCUGCGCUCCUGCAUAGCCAAGCUCUACAAAUGGCUAAAGGUGGCGCCCUAUAAGCCAGAGAUGCCGCAGCAUCACAAUUUCGAGGAGUGGAGCACCUUGCGCGGCAUACGCGCCAUGGGCCUCGCUUACGAUCCGGAUCAGUCGGUGGCCGCCUUCUGUGCGAUCGCCAGCCCCGAGGGCGAUAUUUCUGAUUAUCUGCGUCUGCCGAGCAUACUUAAGCGCAAGAACUCGUACAAUGCCGAGGAGAAGGCACAGAAGCUGGCCGAUUUGCGCAAGCUGAGCGACUUCAUCAAGAUGAAGAAGCCGCACGUUAUUGUGAUUGGCGCCGAGUCGCGGGAUGCCCAAAUGAUACAGACGGACAUACGCGAGAUACUCAAAGAGCUGGAGGCGAACGAACAGUUUCCGCCCAUCGAGGUGGAGAUCAUUGACAAUGAGCUGGCCAAGAUCUAUGCGAAUUCCAAGAAGGGCGAAGCCGAUUUCAAAGAGUAUCCGCCGCUGCUCAAACAGGCCGCAUCCUUGGCACGCAAAAUGCAAGAUCCCCUCGUCGAAUAUUCGCAGCUGUGCGAUGCCGACGACGAGAUACUCUGCCUGCGCUACCAUCCGCUGCAGGAGCGUGUGCCCCGCGAACUGUUGCUCGAACAGCUCAGCCUCGAGUUCAUCAAUCGCACCAGCGAGGUCGGCCUCGACAUCAAUCUAAUGGUACAGAAUUCCCGAACGGUCAAUCUACUGCAGUAUAUCUGCGGUCUUGGGCCGCGCAAGGGUCAGGCCCUGCUCAAGCUGCUCAAGCAGAGCAAUCAGAGGCUCGAGAAUCGGACACAGCUCGUCACCGUCUGUCAUCUGGGACCGAAGGUGUUCAUCAAUUGCAGCGGCUUCAUCAAGAUCGAUACCAGUUCGCUGGGCGACAGUACGGAGGCGUAUGUUGAGGUGCUGGAUGGUUCGCGUGUACAUCCGGAGACAUAUGAAUGGGCACGCAAAAUGGCCAUCGAUGCCAUGGAGUAUGAUGACGAGGAGACAAAUCCGGCCGGUGCACUCGAAGAGAUACUGGAAUCGCCCGAAAGACUCAAGGACUUGGAUCUGGACGCAUUUGCCGUCGAACUGGAACGCCAGGGAUUCGGCAGCAAGAGCAUCACGCUCUACGAUAUACGCAACGAGCUGAGCUGCCUCUACAAGGAUUAUCGUUCUGCGUACAUGAAGCCCAGCGCCGAGGAGCUCUUCGAUAUGCUGACCAAGGAGACGCCCGACUCGUUCUAUGUGGGCAAAUGUGUUACGGCCAUGGUAACGGGCUUCACAUAUCGCCGGCCGCAGGGCGAGCAGCUGGACAAUGCGAAUCCGGUGCGCAUCGAUGACUCGGACAGCUGGCAGUGUCCGUUCUGUCAUAAGGACGACUUUCCGGAGCUGUCCGAUGUAUGGAAUCAUUUCGAUGACAAUAACUGUCCGGGUCAGGCGUCCGGCGUGCGUGUUCGGCUGGAGAACGGCCUGCCCGGCUUUAUACACAUCAAGAAUCUGUCCGAUAAGCAGGUGCGCAAUCCGGAGGAGCGUGUCCGUGUCUCCCAGAUGAUACAUGUGCGCAUCAUUAAGAUCGAUAUCGAUCGCUUUUCGGUCGACUGCAGCUCCAAGUCGGCGGACCUCAAGGAUGUCAACAACGAAUGGCGGCCCAGACGAGAUGCGUUCUAUGAUUUUGUCACCGAGGAGCUGGACAAUCGCAAGGUGACCGACGCCAAGGCGAAGGCCAUGAAGCGCAAGACCUAUGCGCGUCGCGUUAUUGCCCAUCCGAGCUUCUUUAACAAAUCGUAUGCGGAGGUGAUUGCCAUGCUGGCCGAGGCGGAUCAGGGCGAGGUGGCGUUGCGUCCGAGCAGCAAGUCCAAGGAUCAUUUGACGGCCACCUGGAAAGUGGCCGACGACAUCUUCCAGCACAUCGAUGUGCGCGAGGAGGGCAAAGAGAAUGAGUACAGCUUGGGUCGCAGCCUGUGGAUUGGCACCGAGGAGUUCGAGGAUCUCGACGAGAUCAUCGCACGUCACAUCAAUCCCAUGGCGCUCGCUGCACGCGAACUCCUUCAAUAUAAAUACUAUAAACCGAACACGGCGGCGGCGAAUGUGAAUGAGCGCGACUUCAUGGAGCAGCUGUUGCGCGAGGAGAAGGGCCGUGAUCCCAAGAAGAUACACUAUUUCUUUACCGCCUCGAAGAGCAUGCCCGGCAAGUUUCUGCUCUCGUAUCUGCCCAAGACGAAGGUGCGACACGAGUAUGUGACCGUUAUGCCCGAGGGCUAUCGGUUUCGCGGCCAAAUCUUUGAUACCGUUAGCAGUCUCUUGCGCUGGUUCAAGGAGCACUGGCUCGAUACCACGGCGGGCAUGUCUAGUUCGGCGAGUGCCACGCCCUCUAGCAAUACGCCGACAAAUGCGCACAACAUGAUGCGACCACCGCCAUCCGCAUCGCUCAGCUCAAUAAGCGGCAUCGGCGGCGGCAUCGGCGCAUUCAGCAGCUCGGGCAGCAUCUCGGGCGGAACGCCGCGCAGCGGCAUCAGCAGCAGCGAUAUGCGCACCUCGAGCGCCUAUUCGGUAACGCAUUCCAUUGGCGGCGCCGGCUACGGCAGCAGCGCCGCCAGCAGCGGCCUCCCCAUCAAUCCCGCCGGCAUCGGACAUUACGGCAGUGGCAGCGGCACGGGCAGCGGCAGCGGCAGCACGCCCACAUUUGGUGCGCACAUCAAUACGCCGUAUACGCCGAGCGGCCAAACGCCGUUCAUGACGCCAUAUACGCCGCACGCCACACAAACGCCCCGCUACGGACACAACGUGCCCAGCCCCAGUUCACAGUCGAGCAGCAGCCAGCGGCAUCAUUAUGGCGGCACGCCCCGCUUCUAUGACAUGGCCAGCGGCAAUGCCUACAACAGCGCCAGCCUCUAUCACCAGCAGCAGCAUCCACACCACCACCAUCACCAGCAGCAGCAUCAUCACCAGCAGCAGCAGCAGCAGCAGCAGCAUCCACACCACCACCACCAGCAGCAGCAGCAACAGCAGCAACAACAGCAGCAGCAUCUGCAGCAACGUGCCAAAGAGAACCUCGACUGGCAGCUGGCCAAUGAUUCCUGGGCGCGUCGCAAGCCGCAACAUCAACAGCACCAACAUCCACAGCAGCAGCAGCCACAAGGGCCGCAGCAGCCACAACAACAACUGGGCCUGGCCAUGAGCCUGGGCCUGAGCAUGCCCAGCGCUGCUGGCUAUGGCGGCGCCGGAUCCACGCCCACAAAUGAGUAUCAUACGAGCAGCGGCAGUCGCGGCAUUGCUUUGGGCACGGGUAGCGCCUCCUCCAAGUCAUCGGUGCGCAGCACGCCGCGCACAAACACAUCGCCGCACUCCAUGAACCUCGGUGACUCGACGCCCCUCUACGAUGAGAAUUAGGACUCCCAAUUUUGGAUGGCAGACUGGGUGUGUGUGUGCUUGCGCGUGUGUCUGUAGUGUGUAUGUGUGUGUGUGUAUUGAUCUGGAUUUAAUUAUAUAUAUAUACAUAAUUAAUAAGUAUAUUACUCUGUACACUCACAAGUUAAGCAAACGGAAACUCAACGCAAACCCUAAGCAUUAAAAAGCAUUAAUAAAAUAAAUACACAACAAAAAGAUAAAUUCAAA